GUAGGUGGCAGUGUUCAUACACCACUGAACUCAUGGUAUGAGUACCACUUCCGGGUAAAGGUUCACCAACGUGGCCGCUGAUGUUUUCACUGCGUGUGGAUUUCAAAACGUGGAAAACAGAACAGCUCGGUGACACCAAGAGAAGGUAGAAAUGGGUGAGUUUAAGGUCCAUCGCGUUCGCUUCUUCGAGUACUUGCCCAGUGCGAUCCGAGCUCUGGCGUUUAACAAAGACUCAGAGCGAAUGGCUGUGGCUCGGACAGACGGAGCGGUGGAGAUCUUCAACUUCAGCGACAACUACUUCCAGGAAAAGGUGAUUCCAGGUAAAGACAGCAGAGCUGCAGAGACACUGUGUUGGCUUCACCAUCGGCUCUUUGCUGCUGGUUUGAACGGUGAGAUCACAGAGUACGACCUGGAAAACCUGAAGCCCAGGUCCAGUGUGGAGACGUUUGGUGGACCAGUGUGGACCAUCGGCUGCAACCGACAGGGCACCAUGCUGGCUGCGGGCUGUGAGAAUGGGACAGUGAAGAUUUUUGAAGUCCAGGAGGAGAAGAUUCAGCUUCAGAGGAGCCUGGAGAGACAGAAAGGCCGUAUCCUGUCUCUGUCCUGGCAUCCGUCUGGAGCUCAGCUCGCCGCUGGAACCAUGGACAUGAUCAGAAUCUUCGACGUCCAGACAGGCUGUGCCACACACAGGCUGCUGGUGGACAGAGGAGUGGGAACGUGUAGAAACCGAGAGGUGGUGGUGUGGAGCGUCCUCUUCCUCUCUGACAGAACCGUCAUCAGUGGGGACUCGGCGGGGAAGGUCCAGAUCUGGGACGGAGCGACGGGAACUCUGAUCAGGACUCACCUGGUCACCAAAUGGGAUGUUCUGGCUCUGGCCGUGUCUCAGGAUGAGAGCAGUGUGAUAGCCGGAACCUCCGAGGGAACCGUGGUCCAGUUCCAGUUCCUGCCCUCCACCAUGGGACAGCAGGAGAAGGAGUGGGUCAGAACCAGGACCUUUAAGAACCACUCGCAUGACGUGAGGGCGCUGAUCCACACAGACACUGCUGUGGUCUCUGGAGGUAUGGACACUCAGCUGGUGGUGCGACCUCUCCUGGACAAAGUGGAGAAGAACACACAGGAAUCGUCGAUGAGGAAAAUCCUUUUCCCUCACAAGCCUCUGGUGGACUGUGCUCACAGAGCAGGUCUCCUCUUGUUCCAGUUCACUGAUCAUUUAGAGCUGUGGAGGUUGGGGGAGAGUGAAGGACAGGGGAAACCUGGUGAGAGUUUACCAGUGAAGAAGAAACCAGAGAAACUGAUUCACCUGAAGAAGAAGGGAGACGAUCACAUCUGCAGCAGUGCCUUGUCAUCGUGUGGAGGUUGGUUGGUGUUCUCCACCAUCUGCAGCGUCAGACUCUACAGAGUCCAGCUCAGUAACAACACCGUCAGUCUCACCAAGGUGUCCAAACUUCCCAGAAUCCUUUGCUGGGCCCAUCAGCUGUGUUUCUCAGCGGACUCCUCCAGACUGUUCGCUGCUGGCGCUCGUUCUUCAGUUCAUGUCUUUUCUCUCAGUCAGUCUGAGUGUAAACACAUUCACACACUGAGACCAAAGUCAGGGUCCAGGCAGCCGCUCCACCUGCUCUGUGUCAGUCAGGACGGUCACUGGUUAGCUGCAGCUAACACAGACUGUGAGGUCACCGUCUAUGACCUCAAAACCAUGAAGCUCCACUGUACAGUUCCAGUCUACUCUUCCUGUCCCACAGCCAUGGCCUUUCAUCCAGUCUACAACAACCUGCUGAUGACUCAUGCUGACCAGCAGCUGAGUGAGUUCUCGGUGCAGCAGCGCUCGUACACAGAGUGGAGUCGAGCUCUGCACCGACGAGGUCUUCACCCUUUGUGGCUGAAGAGAGACACACCUGUCACUCACAUCACCUUCAAUCCCACAAACCCCGCCCACAUCCUCCUGCACGACACCUACAUGUUCUGCAUCAUUGACCAGACACUGCCCCUCCCUGAUGAAAAGUCAGUGCUCUUCAACCAGAUGAUGCUGAGGAGUCUCCCUGAGUCUGAGAGGAUGAGACACAGCCACGCCUUCAAGAUCUGCAAGAACUUUCAGAACAUCCUGUGUUUCGAUUUAUUAGAGGACCAGUCUUUGGUGGUGGUGGAGCGCCCCCUGCUGGAUAUCAUGUCUCAGCUGCCUGCACCAGUGAGACAGAAGAAAUUUGCCACAUAAAAGACUGCAGAUUGAAAUCAGAACGACAGAGAACGAGCGGCUGCUUUGUUGAAAACUGUUUUUAUAAAGUGUUCGAACCAUUUACAGACUAUUUACACUUGUCCACAGUCUUUACUUAAACCUCAGUUCACUCCAGUGUUUUCAGGAAGAUGAUACUGAGCUGUGAUGAGGUCACAUGACCAUCAGACCCACCAGUGACCAGGUGGAGGAAGCAAAACACAAAAAGUUUUUUCAUAAAUAACAAAUGUGUAAAGUAAAAAA